CUGCUCUACCUGUGCGCACAGGCCUUCGGUCUCCGUACACACACAUCAGCAAGAACACACCCCUGCGUUCUCAAUCUUCAUACAACGAUCUCCUCUCGAGCUUCAGACCAUAUCUACGAAUACUUGCGCCCGCAGUUCCCGUCCUGAUUGCCAGCCUUCGCGUCCGCACAAUUCCUGGCGCAUCUCUCUCGACCGCCGCAGACCGCUUUGCAUUGCACGACACCUCGCGGCGCAUUGACCAUGCUGCUCCCAUCCGCAUUCUCGUGCGAUGGCGGCUUGCAACCCCAACUCAGACUUCAAAGACCUAAGCUCCCAUCCUUCGGCGCAUAUGAACCCCAGUACUCUACAAAUGCGCGCCCGAGCCCGCUAUCCUCGAGUUGCCGCGCUUUGCAGGCCAUCCUCGGAGCCCCUGCCGCGAUCCAGUCCACCCAACCAGCUCAGCCGCUGGACUUGGGGAACCCCUUUGCGCCCGCUGAAGAAACCAUUCCCCCUCGAGAAGCACAGGCACCGCCGCCCAGACGCGCGAACAAGCGACGGCGCAGUGAUUUUGAGGAGGACAUGAUUUCCGCUACAGAUGUACUCAUGGAAGAUUGUCAACGCACACCUCAGCCAAUUCGGACUCCAAAACGACGGCGGAAAGUCCCUCUCUCCAUGCCGAUGGGUCUCUCGGCAGAUGAUUUCCGUGCGCUGGAGACACCUGCCGACGAGGUAGAGCUCGACAUGCCCAUGAUCAGCCCUCACAACCAUAUACCCUCCGACCAAGAUUCGGCUUACGGGUCAUCUCCAUCAGUGGACGACGCAGAAUGGACCGAAGACGAUGACCGGAUGCUGGUAGAGACAGUGCUCGAGAAGCUGAGACUGUCAAAACGCGAUUGGAAUGACUGCGCAAGGAAACUGGGCAAGGACAGAGAUAGCCUUGGGAGAAGGUGGAGCUUGCUAGUUGGGGAGGGUAAUGUUGGCUUGAGAAGAGGCGGCAGAAUCUCAAGGACGAAUUUGGACAUUUCGAGUUGGUGAUGGCUCUUUGCUGAUAUUGAUGGCAUAGACUGGUCCCAAACACUUCUUGCUUGUAUAAAUAUCCUUUUCCAGCUCCAGCGAACUGGCAUUUAGUAGGUAUAUCACCGAGAUAACAUUGGCUCAGAUGGCAGCCUCGACUGUAUUUC